AUAAAAGCAGCAUAUAUAUAAUAUAUUGUUAUAAGUUAUAACAAACCCCACAGAGUAGUGCCAAUUUUCACGGAGAGAGGUCCUUAAAUGCUGCAGUUGGUGCAGUUGUGCAGCAUCCUUCCAUAACUACAUCUCCAAUCUCUCAACAACAACUAGCCACGCAUCGCAUCAAACAACACAAAAGAGAGAGAAACUUACAAACAAACAAACACACAAAACUUGCCUCUCUCUGCACAAGUUAACUAACUAACUCGUGGUGGUGGUGGUAGUGGUGGCGAUGAACUAUUGUGAGACGAAAAGCGUGGCGGUGGUGAAGAAGCGGAAAGGCGGCAGAGAAGAAACACUCUCACCUUCUUCCAACAAAACCACCACCGCCAUGUUGUCGUCUCACCAGGAUCGGAAUCGGAACAACAGAUCACCACCGAAACGCUACCCUCUCUUGUCGUUUUGGGAGCUUCCGGAAUACAUGAAGGACAACGAGUACAUCUUGCGUUAUUACAGAGCCAAUUGGCCUCUUAAACAAGCUUUCUUCAGCCUCUUUCGUUGGCAUAACGAAACCUUAAACGUUUGGACGCAUUUGAUUGGAUUUUUUCUGUUUCUCGGAUUGACUCUGGCGAAUUUGAUGAAGCCUCAUGUGGUGGAUCUGUUAGACCAAAUUACCAGGUCUUUUUCUUCAAGUGCAGACAAAAAUGUUUCUGAUAACAUCAAAGAUCUGUUCCUGGGGACAGCAUUACUCUUCGAUUUAAAACAUCAGCUACCUCUGAAAAUGGAACUCAAAUCCAUAGAGAUGAUCACAGAAAGGUGGCCCUUCUUCAUUUUCCUAGCUGGAGCCAUGUUCUGCCUCAUCUCUAGCAGCAUUUGCCACCUCUUCUCUUGUCACUCCCACGACUUAAACCUGUUACUAUUGCGAAUCGACUAUAUCGGGAUUGUUGUCAUGAUCAUCACCUCCUUUUUCCCUCAGAUUUACUACAUUUUCCUGUGCCAACCUCACUGGCAGCUCCUCUACCUUGCUGGGAUCACAGCAAUGGGGCUAUUCACCAUAGCAACACUGCUCUCCCCAUCGCUUUCGACCGGCAAACACCGCGCAUUCAGGGCCAUGUUGUUCUGUUCAAUGGGACUUUUUGGCAUUGUUCCUGCAAUUCAUGCUUGUUUUGUCAAUUGGGGGAACCCGCGGCGCAAUGUGACACUUGCAUAUGAAUGUACCAUGGCCUUGUCUUACUUGACAGGGACCUUGUUCUAUGUGACAAGAAUUCCAGAAAGGUGGAAGCCUGGGUGGUUUGAUUUGGCAGGACAUAGCCAUCAGAUAUUUCAUAUUCUGGUGGUGGUUGGGGCAUUGGCACAUUAUGCAGCUACUCUGAAAAUGCUUGAAUGGCGUGACGCUUGGGGGUGUGACAAGGUUGGUCUUCAAUGAUGUAUCUUUCACUACAGCAUAGAAGAUAAGGAGCAUUGUCCUUACAUAAGUGAUUCAGCAAAAUGUUAAUACUUAAUGUCUGUAUGCAUUAUCUCAGUUAGUCAGUUCUGUCUCAUGAGUCAUUUUUCCCCGUUAUCAAUUUGUCAUUCAAUGGAUCAAUAUAUUAUUGUACCUAGAAUUUAUUUAACGGGAUUUGCUCUUCUGUC